GCGGGGCGCGGGCGGCUUUGGGUAAUGGCAGCGCUGUGAGGACGGAGCGGGGCAGCGACCGCGGCCGAGGGCAGGAGCGAGGGAGGCCGGGCGGGGGUCGCUGACUCGGGCCCCGGGCCGCCAGACUGAGAAGUUCUUUACCCUGCAAGAGCCAGCAGUGAUUAAGAUUAACACUAAAACCCCACAAUGUCCUUGAAACCACGAGUAGUUGACUUUGAUGAAACAUGGAACAAACUUCUAACGACGAUUAAAGCUGUUGUUAUGUUGGAUUAUGUUGAAAGAGCAACGUGGAAUGAUCGCUUCUCAGACAUUUAUGCUUUGUGUGUGGCCUAUCCUGAACCUCUUGGAGAGAGACUUUAUACUGAGACUAAAAUUUUUUUGGAAAAUCACGUACGCCAUUUGCACAAGAGAGUUCUGGAAGCUGAAGAACAAGUACUGGUUAUGUAUCACAGAUACUGGGAAGAGUAUAGCAAAGGGGCAGACUAUAUGGACUGUUUAUACAGGUACCUCAACACACAGUUUAUUAAGAAGAACAAAUUGACUGAAGCUGAUCUUCAGUAUGGCUAUGGAGGGGUGGAUAUGAAUGAACCUUUGAUGGAAAUUGGAGAGCUAGCUCUUGAUAUGUGGAGAAAAUUAAUGAUUGAGCCACUGCAGGCCAUCCUUAUUCGGAUGCUCCUCCGAGAAAUAAAAAACCCAAGCACUCCUCCUACAAGGCAAGCUGAAUAUCAACUUAAGCAUUUUUGUUCCAACACAAAAGGAAGCCGACAAGAUCUUGAAUUUGAUCGCUGUGGAGAAGACCCAAACCAGAAAGUAAUCCAUGGGGUUAUUAACUCCUUUGUUCAUGUUGAACAGUAUAAGAAAAAAUUCCCCCUAAAGUUUUAUCAGGAAAUUUUUGAGUGUCCUUUUCUGAAUGAAACAGGGGAGUAUUAUAAACAAGAAGCUUCAAAUUUAUUGCAAGAGUCAAAUUGCUCACAGUACAUGGAGAAGGUUUUAGGUAGAUUAAAAGAUGAAGAAAUGAGGUGUCGGAAAUACUUGCAUCCCAGCUCAUAUGGCAAAGUGAUUCAUGAAUGCCAGCAGAGGAUGGUAGCUGAUCACUUGCAGUUUCUACAUGCAGAAUGUCACAAUAUUAUCAGACAAGAGAAAAGAAGUGACAUGGCAAAUAUGUAUACUCUGCUUCGUGCUGUGUCAAGUGGUUUACCUCAUAUGAUUCAGGAACUACAAAACCAUAUCCAUGAUGAGGGCCUUAGAGCAACCAGCAAUCUUUCUCAGGAAAAUAUGCCAACUCAGUUUGUGGAGUCAGUUUUGGAAGUACAUAGUAAAUUUGUGCAACUCAUCAACACUGUUUUGAAUGGUGAUCAACACUUUAUGAGUGCCCUUGACAAGGCUUUGACAUCAGUAGUUAACUAUAGGGAGCCCAAGUCGAUCUGCAAAGCACCUGAGUUGCUGGCCAAGUACUGUGACAACUUGUUGAAGAAAUCAGCAAAAGGAAUGACAGAGAAUGAAGUAGAAGACAAACUUACAAGUUUCAUUACUGUUUUCAAAUACAUUGAUGACAAAGAUGUAUUCCAAAAGUUCUAUGCCAGAAUGUUGGCAAAAAGAUUAAUUCAUGGUUUGUCUAUGUCUAUGGAUUCUGAAGAAGCCAUGAUAAAUAAACUAAAGCAAGCCUGUGGUUAUGAAUUUACCAGCAAGCUCCACCGAAUGUAUACAGACAUGAGUGUUAGUGCUGAUCUCAACAAUAAAUUCAACAACUUUAUCAAAAACCAGGACACGAUUAUAGAUUUGGGAAUUAGCUUUCAGAUAUAUGUUCUACAGGCUGGUGCAUGGCCUCUAACUCAGGCUCCUUCUUCUACAUUUGCAAUUCCUCAGGAACUGGAAAAAAGUGUACAGAUGUUUGAAUUAUUUUACAGUCAGCAUUUUAGUGGAAGGAAGCUUACUUGGUUACAUUAUCUUUGUACAGGUGAAGUAAAAAUGAACUAUUUGUGCAAACCUUAUGUAGCCAUGGUCACAACAUACCAAAUGGCAGUGUUGCUUGCCUUCAACAACAGUGAGACUGUCAGUUACAAGGAGCUUCAGGACAGCACACAAAUGAAUGAGAAGGAACUGACAAAAACCAUCAAAUCUUUGCUUGAUGUCAAAAUGAUAAACCAUGACUCAGACAAGGAAGACAUAGAGACAGAGUCUACGUUUUCAUUAAAUAUGAACUUCAGCAGUAAACGAACAAAAUUUAAAAUUACAACAUCAAUGCAGAAAGACACACCACAGGAGAUGGAGCAGACCAGAAGUGCUGUAGAUGAAGACAGAAAAAUGUAUCUCCAAGCUGCUAUAGUCCGUAUCAUGAAAGCACGUAAGGUGUUGCGACAUAAUGCUCUAAUUCAGGAGGUAAUCAGCCAAUCAAGAGCUAGGUUUAACCCAAGUAUCAGCAUGAUUAAGAAGUGUAUUGAAGUUCUGAUAGACAAACAGUACAUAGAGCGAAGCCAGGCCUCUGCAGACGAAUACAGUUAUGUAGCAUGAUGUUGCUAUCCUGCAGGUAUGAUUGUAAGGAGAUCAUUGCUGUCACUGUUUGGUGUGUUCCUGUGGGAAGAGGCAGGCCUGUGCCUCCAUAAUUGGUCACUUGGCAGCCCCUGUUUUUCUGCUGUUUACAACAUCACCAGUGCCAUGUCAUGAGCGUCAAUGAAAAUGCCUAUAGAUAUUUCAAGCUCAUGUCAUUAUGACAUUUCUUAAAACUUUACUAAAAGAAUGAGUGAAGUAUUGCUGAAAUGUGAUGAAUUGGUUGGGUACCAUGCUUUUUUUUUUUUCCCCUCCCCUUUCACGUUUGCAGUUGAUGUUUUUUAAUGUAUCUUAAGACAAAGUAAAAAAAAAAAAAUCACACAAAAAACCUAAAUAUUGUAAUAUGACAGAUAACCUAAUAAUUGUAUCUACAUUAAAAUGUAAAAAAAAAAUGACGAACAUGAUACUGCUGCUUGUCAAAUAAAAAAAUAAAGUUAUAUAAUGUGUCUCGAA